UAAUAGUAUCUUUUUUUAAGUCUUAUAGCAUAUUUUUACGUAAAUUGACAUCCUUAUGUUAUUAUUUUAUUACAAUUAAAAAAAAAAAAGAUUUUGAUUUGUUAUUUAUGAAAAAACAAAAAGUGAAGUGUUUUUAGUUUAUCAUUUACAGAAUGAAUCACAAGAAGAAGGGAUUGUAAUUUGUUUAGAAACAGAUCGUUUCACAAAAAGAAGUGGUAAAAGUAAUAAAAUCCUUUUAGUUCGACAUUUACGGAUUGAAUCAUGAGAAGAAGUGGUUGUAAAUGAUUAAAGACAGAUUGUAUUACGAAAAGAAGUGGUUGUAAUCAAUCUAAAACAGAUUGCAUCACGAGAAACUGUGGGAAAAUAUUGCUAUACUAUAAGUAGCAAGAAUAAAAUACAUUAGUUCACUCUACACUCUUGAAAUCAGGUACGCUCAGGUAAAGUUAAUGGCAAACUGUCGUUCAAAACCUCCUGUAAUAGAAUGAUGUGAAAACUGAAAGACCAUGUCUGAUUUCUCUUAAUUAUUUACAAGUUUAUCUUCUCGUUGAUAACUUUCUCAAAUUACCAAAGAGAAGAAAAGAAAAAAGUAACUACAGUUUAACAAAGAAACAAAUACAUUAUAUUAUACUAAAGUAAAUCUUAAAAAACAAAAAAAUUGUAAUAAACUAUAACAACGUUGUUUACAUUGAUAAUUUUACCCCCAUGAUGUAACUUUAACAUAUAAAACAUAAAACAUACUACUGUCAAUGUUACCUAAUAUAGCGUUAACACAUUACAGUAGUGUGCUAAAAAUUAAGGCCACAUGUAAUUUCACAAGUUUUCUUCAACACAACAGAAUAAUUUUACUUUUUAAAUUAAAUGUUUGGCAACUUUAUUAAUUGAUAUAGCACAAUGUGUAAUGUACCAGUCCUUGUUAUUUAUCAUUCUAUGCACUAAUAUUUGGUUGGCAAACCGCGAUUUUUUAACACUGCAUUAAUACGUGCAGGCAUGCUACGAACCAGAGUUUUACAAUAAUCCGGCGUAAUUUCUUUCACCCAAACGUCCUUCACAAUACGUUUUAAGUCCUCUACUAACUUGGGUUGGUGUGCCGCAACUUUUUUUUCCAUUAAAUUCCAGCAAUUUUCUAUUACAUUUAUGUCCGGUGAACUUGAUGGCCAGUUGUUCAAGGUCAUAACGCUGUUUAUCGUGAACCAGUUCUGUGUUGUCUUAGCAACAUGGCAUGGUGCUGAAUCUUGUUGGAAUAUUGUAGUUUUUGAAAUAUUCAUGUGUACUUUUAACUUUCUAUUCAAAAUAUCAAUAUACAACUGAGCAUUCAGUCUGGUUGUGUCAUCCAUAAGCUGAAGAGGCCCGGUCCUUGACUGAAGAUACACCCUUAAACCAUAACACUUGGGGGUGCUUAAUUGUUUUCAGCGUAUACUUUGGAUUCAUGCGCUGUCCAGCUCGACGUCUUACAUAAUUGUAACCUGAUCCUCUGACCUUCUCGAAUUUGCUUUCGUCGCUAAACUUUACUGUGUCCUACCAUUCCACACGUUUACCUUAAAAGACCUUACAGAACACUUUUCAAAAUGGUAUGUAAAAAGAUAUCAAAACUAUACGUAAAUCUCACAAAACCCUAACACAUGCUGACAAAACAUCAAAUAUGUAUGAACUGUCUAAAGAAGAUUACAAUAUUCUGUUAACAAAUGCUAUUACCACUACCUACAAAAAAGCAAAUCCAAAAUUAAAAGACCAUAUAAACAAAGAAGGAAAACAAAUUUUAACCAACCACGAGGUAUAUAAAAAAAUAGAAAUAAACGGAUCCUCUAACUGUUUUUUCACUUUGAAAGAUCACAAGGAAAACUUCGCUUAUAAUCCAUCUGUGCGCCUUUUGAACCCUUCAAAAAAUGAGGUAGGACAAAUUUCUAAGGUAAUUUUGGCAAAAGUUAAUUGUGAACUUAAAAAUAAACUUUUUUUGAAUCAAUGGCAAAGUACGCAAAUGUUUUAGACUGGUUUAAAAAAAUCACCAAUAAGCACUAAUACAAAUUCCUAGUUUUUGAUGAUAACGAUUUCUACCCUUCCAUAAAGGAAAUCACCCUCAACAAUGCUAUGAAUUUUGCUGACCAUCAUAUCGUUAUCAAAAGCAAAGACAAAGCAUUAAUAAAGCAUGCAAGAAAAUCUCUUAUCUUCAACAACGAUGAAGCAUGGAUUAUAAAAAGAGGUGGGUUGUUCGAUGUAACAAUGGGGGCAUUUGAUGGUGCUGAAGUUUGCGAAUUAAUAGGUAUUUUCAUACUGUAUCAAACUUCACAAUAUUAUAAUAAAGAAGAUUUCGGCCUAUAUCGUGACGACGGUCUUGCUGUAUUCAAGAACAAAAACGGUCAGCAAAUGGAAAAAUUAAAAAAGCAUAUAACACUCAUUUUUAAAAAAAACGAUCUUCAAAUCACCAUUCAAUCUAAUUUAAAAAUUGUUAAAUACCUCGAUGUUACGUUAAAUCUAAGUAACGAUACGUUUCAACCAUAUUCUAAACCUGAUAAUCAAAUAAGGUACAUCCACUCUAAUUCUAACCACCCUCCAAGCAUAAUAAAAGCAAUCCCUCGCAAUAUUGAACAAAGAUUAUCUUCCAUGUCAAGUAAUGAAAUAUUCUUCAAAAAGGCUAUUCCACCGUAUGAAGAGGCUUUAAAAAAAUCGGUAUAUAAAUUGAACCUUACCUACCAACCACAAAUAAUCUCAAGUCAAAAUCAACAAAAAAAGCAACGUAAACGUAAUAUUAUUUGGUAUAACCCUCCGUUCAGUUUAAACGUCAAAACAAAAAUAGGAAACCGUUUUCUAGCCCUUAUUGACUUACAUUUUCCAGCCGGCCACAAGCUACAUAAAAUAUUCAACCGAAAUUCCAUUAAGAUUAGCUACAGUUGCAUGCCUAACUUAAAAUCUAUCAUAAAUUCGCAUAAUUUCAAAAUUUUACACAACAAAAAUCAAUUAAAAACCAACCAAUGUAACUGCGUAGAUAAGGCAUUUUGCCCUUUGAACAAUCAAUGUUUAUCUAACAGUAUUGCCUAUCAAGCAACCGUAAGUUCCAGUCAUCAUGAUUGGAAAAAAGUAUAUUUUGGCAAAGUAUAUAUAUAAAAAAGUAUAUUUUGGCAUUAGUAAUACACCAUUUAAACUAAGAUACGCAAACCAUCUCAAAUCAUUUGCAUCAGUUAAAUAUAGAAAUGACACAGAACUAUCUAAGGAGGUAUGGAACUUAAAAGACCAAAACAUAAAGCCCAUUAUAGAAUGGAAAAUUGUCAAACGUUGUAAACCUUACAAUCUAGCAACAAAAAUAUGCCACCUUUGUCUCUACGAAAAAUAUGUAAUUUUAUCACAUAAUGGAAAAAACCUACUGAAUAAAAAAAACGAAAUCGUAUCUCAG